CCCAGAAAAAUUUAAGAGAACCGAAACCAUCUCUCCCCUUCUCUCUCUCUCUCUCCUGAAUUUAGGAGGCAACGGCAGGCUCAUUGAUUCGGAGGCCCGUUGCUAGAUAGCGAGAAGAUGACCGAGAUCUGACCCUUUGCAGUUCUCUAGAAUUCUCUGUCGACGAAACGCCAGUUUUUUGGUCGCUGCUCCGGUGUCCCUGAGGAUUCUUCUGCGUCCCCUGGAUUUUUAAUUGCUGCAGUAGCAAACAUGGCUAUCGAAGUCAAUGGAUUUGAGAUGGUACCGCCACCUGCGGAGGCUUUAGCUGAGGCGGAGAGGUCUUUGCCGUGUAAGAACGAGAAUGGGAAGCUGGAACAUGGAUUGAUCCCUAAGGUGGACAUUAAGUUCGGUUCUCAUGGAGAUGGAUCGGCAAACAGCGAAGCAAAUAAAGUUUCCGAUGCCACCUUCCCCAAGGAUGCUGCUGAUGAAUGGCCGGCACCGAAUAAGAUUCACUGCUUUUAUAUUGCUAAGUGCAGGUCGCACGGUGAUCCCCAGAUGAAAGUCAAAAUUGACCUGGCUGAUAGGGAGAUUCAACGGAUGAAUCAAGCCAGGUUCCAGAUCACCGACAAACUGAGAGCAAAGAGGUCGGAGCGAGCAGACAUAAUCACUCAGCUGAAAGCUUUGGGCGGUGAGAACAAGCAGUUUAACAUGAUUGCUGAAGAAAAGAGGAAGGAAAUGGAACCAUUGCACGAUGCUCUAGGCAAGCUACGCAAUGGGAACCAUGCUGGUUGUGGAAGUGGCAUGUGCUCAUCAGAAGAAGAACUUAAUGAGCUCAUCCGGAACUUGAACUACCGCAUACAGCACGAGAGCAUCCCAUUGGCAGAAGAGAAGCAACUUCUACGGGACAUAAAACAGCUUGAGGGCACACGGGAGAAGGUUAUUGCAAAUGCUGCUCUGAGGGCUGAUGUGCAGGGUAAAUAUGGUCAGCGAGAAGAGAUUCAGGACCAGGUUAAACUUAUGGGAGUUGGCUUGGAUGGAGUGAGGAAGGAUCAGCAGGCAGUUAAGGGAAAAAUUAAGAAUCUCAGGGAAGAAUUGGAGGGUAUAGAGAAUGAUAUAAGGUCUUUGCAAGAUGAUUUGUCACUUACCAUUCAGAAGAGGGACAAAGCAUAUGAAAACCUGCAGGAGCUGAGGAAACGGCGUGAUGAGGCGAAUGCCCCCUUUUACCAAAAUCGUGCGAUUUUGAACAUUGCAAGAGACCUUGCUGCAAAGAAGGAUAUUAGUGCUCUGGAGGAGCUGUCGUUGAAUGAGGUUGAGAAGUUUUUCUCCCUCUGGAACGACAGCAAGAGUUUCAGAGACGAUUACCUCAAAAGAGUAUUGCCAUCAUUGGAUGCCCGACAGUUGGGCAGAGACGGAAGAAUUAGGAAUCCCAAUGAGAAGCCACUAGCAGUCGCCGAGGAAUCAACAAAGGUAUCCAAAAAAGAGAAAAUUAUGAAAACUGAAGUGAAACAUCCAAAAGAAGAUUCCAAACCACCUCCGCAAGACAAUGUCGCUGCCGCCAAGAAUAACCAGAAAGAAGCUGUUAAGAUAGCGGGUGAUUCAGCUGCCACACUGGAACUUAAGGUCUCAAAGUUCAAAGAGGACACUGAGGACUUUGUUUUGGUAAAACCGGAGCAGGAGGCUCCGAAAGUUACUGAAGUCGACAAAGAGAAGCUGAAGGAGAUGAAGAGGCAGGAUCAAAUCGAAAAGCAGAAGCAGGCUCUAGAAAGGAAGAAAAAGCUGGCAGAGAAAAAUGCAGUGAAAGCGGCAAUUAAAGCUCAAAAGGAGGCUGAGAAGAAGCUCAAGGAUCGUGAAAAGAAGGAAAAGAAGAAAGUGAUGGCAUGGAAUCCUGAUGAGGAGGAACUGACUGAGGAGGCUGCCGAAGUGGAGAAGGUUGGGAAAGCUCCUGAGGCUCCGGCCCCUGCAAAGGAGAAGGUUCAAAAGAAAAGUACCUACAGGGUGAAAACUCGAACGAAAGGAGUCGAAUCAGUUCCAAAGGCCAUCCUCAGGCGUAGGAGGACACAGGCCUACUGGAUGUGGGCUGUUCCUGCUGCUGUUUUGGGAGCUCUGGUGGCCCUAGCUUAUGCAUAUUACUCUCUUCCCUGAGGAAGAAGAGGAGGUAGAACCGCUGGACGAUGAGGCCUAGCAAACGGGUAGUUUUGCCUAUAGAAGCUUUAACUUUCAGGUAACUUAGUUCUUUCAGUCCCAACAAGGAAUGGGACUUGAAACUCAUAAUGCUUUUAGAAACUCAGUUUGGGAUAGGACCUCUAGAUAGCGGGCAGAGUAGAUUUGCGGGUUAUAGUUGUUCGAAUUUUGACUGUUCGGAUAUUCUGGAAUUUUUCUCUUAAUACAGUACUCUUGCUCUCAAA